AACAAUAAUAAUAAGAGACUGGGAUCGAAGAAAUGACUCCAGCAGCAAUAGUAGAAGUAUAGUAGUACUAGUACUACUACUACUACUACUAUAGUGAAUAGGGUUACACACAACUAUAGGAAAAAAAAGGCAAAAGCAGCCCAAAGUGACCAAAGGCGCUAUAUAGAAAGAUACCGUUUCGAAAACUUCCUCUCUCCUAAUCUUGAACCCACCAAAACAACAAAAACCAUCUCUCUCUCUCUCUCUCUCUCAAAACAGCAAGACUAGUGGUGGAAAUCUAACCUAAAAUCUCACUUAAAUUUCCAAAAACAACAAAGCAUAACAAAGGAUCUAAAACCCAAACUUUCUCUCAAUUUUCCUUCCCUUUCUCUCUCAAAAUAUUCUGGGGUUUUGUUCUUUUGCUCUCAAUGUCAGAUGCCCAAGAAAGUAAUGAUCAUCAUCGUCAUGAUCCAUAUCGGCCGUACGAUCCUUUCAACUACGAGAUCGACGGUCGGUCGUGCAGCUUAUUCCCAUUCCUGAGCAGCAACAACAACACCAACAACACCAGCUCAAUUAUGUACAACAAUCACUCCACCGCGCCAGUAGUACAACCCCAGCAAAACGUACAAUCAAUUACGAUGACUAGUUCUUUAUUAGAUCCUGCAAUGAAUUCUUACUUGAUGAGCUACACCGACUGUCUCCACGGUGGCUCCAUGGAUCAAUACAACAAUCUCUCGAAAGCCUUCGACAUCUCCUGCGCCGCAUCCUCGUCCGACGUCGUUUCACAAAUCGUCGAUAAUUAUCAUAACAAUCACGACAUCGACAGUAGCACUAAUAAUAACAACCACCUCGGUACGAAUCCGAUCAAGGCCGCCGCCGCCGCCGAUCAGUCCGCGGGGACCAGCGAGAACCCUUCCACGCCCAAUUCCUCCAUAUCUGCCACCUCCUCCAACGAUGCUGCCGCCACGGUGGCUGCCGAAGAAGAUUCGGGUAAGAGUAAGAAGGAAGAUGAAGAAGAUGACGAUGAUGAUAAUAAUAAUAAGCCUAAUAAAGGGUCUGACGACGAAGAUAAGACAUCAAAAAAAGCGUCGAGUAAGACUAAAAAGAAAGAGAAACGGCCGAGGGAACCACGCUUUGCUUUCUUGACUAAGAGCGAGAUUGAUCACCUUGAAGAUGGAUACAGAUGGAGAAAGUAUGGACAGAAAGCAGUCAAAAAUAGUCCUUAUCCAAGAAGCUAUUACAGAUGCACCACUCAGAAGUGCACGGUGAAGAAGCGAGUGGAGAGGUCAUUCCAAGAUCCCUCGAUUGUGAUCACAACCUAUGAAGGGCAACACAACCACCACUGUCCGGCCACACUCCGUGGCAACGCCGCCGCGAUGUUGUCGCCUUCUUUUCUGGCGUCGGCGGCCUCUGUUGGGACGGCGCCUCACUUGCCUCAUGACUUCUUCACUCAGUUUCUUCCAAUCACUAAUAAUAGUAACAUUCAUCAACAUCAACAUCAACACCAACAUCUUCAUCAUCAUCUUAAUAAUCACAUUCAAGGUGAUGAAUUAUGGCACGUACGUAAUGCUUCGAAGGAAUUAAGGGAGUAAUCUAACUGAGGUCGAUGGAUCUAUAUAUAUUGCUGACGUCGACCCUCAUCAUCAUCAGAUCAUCAAAUGAUGAGACACACACAUAUAGCUGUGGUAUAGAUGAUCAGUAGUACGUACUUGCUACUAUAACGUGUGUUUUAGAGCUAUCGGUACCCUUACUUUCUAGCUAGACAAUAUAAUUAAGUAGAACUAUAAUCGGAGAUUUCAAUUCAUAAUUUCUUUUCCUGUUAACUUACUUGAGAUGAAUCUCCUAUAUAAUAUUAGAAUCCCUUUGAAAGUUGUUUCUAUCCAGAUCCUCAACUAAUUAGUAUAUAUACUCAUGCACCCUUAUGUGUAUGUGGUACUAGUACUAUUAUAUUGUGAAAAAUAACUCGUGAGAAGGUUUUUUAUAGCUAAUUUUUUUUUAAGAAUUUAUUGGUUUCCCUGUGUUGAUCAUUUACAAUAUUCAGAACUUUAGUCUAUAUAUAAACAUAUCUUUACCUAUCGUAGCCUCAAUUUGAGUUAUAUUGUUAGUUCGUACACUACAAUAUCCAUGAUCAUUUUAUUGAUGAUGAUCAAUAUAGAAGACAUAAUUUUCUUAAUGUUAAUUAGAGGUAAUUAAUCUUAUUCUUAGACCUAAUGCUUAUAGGUAAUUGGUCAGCUUUGAAGUAUAGAGCCUAUUUAUAAAUGUUGAACUAAAAAUAUAUUUAAUUUCCUCAACUUUUUUCUUGUCAAGAAUCAAGGGAAUAAAACAUACAGCUCAUGUACACUUGUUCACUUUGGUUUGAAUUUGUAAUUGAGUUAGUCGAUAUAUUAAUUCAUGAUCAAAUGAAAGAAAUUAUCGAUUGCAGUUCUCAUACGGUAACGAUUUGAUAGCUAGUAUUAUUUAAAUUAAUCACCAUUAAUUUCUUGUUCUUUUUCCAAGAAAAAUAGAGAGUACUAAAUAAAUUAUAUCUAGGUUUGAAGUCAACCCUUUUUAAAAUGAACGGUUAAACUUUGUAUCUUUUCCUCCAUAAAAAAUCUCCCCACUAUUUCGAGCCAUCACGUUACAAUCGAUCAUUAAUUAUCAAUGUCUACGUUUCACCCACUAUGUUUAUUAUUGUUAUUAUUCAGGUUUUUUAAUAGUGAUAAUUACCUUAGGGUAUAUAUUUAGGUUUUUGUAUAACAAAAUGGUUCGAUUUGUCAUAAACAUAAACGUAUAUAUAUGUACUUAACACAGUAGUUAUAUACUGUACACACACUGUGUACACACAUACAAUUUGCAUGAAUAUCUAUAAAUUAAUUAAUUGCAACAUGUCAUUAACACUAAUUAAUAUAAUAUGCACCCAUAUAAAUCCGAUAUGUGUAUAUUCUUUUUAUGUUGAAUAAAUCAAAUAAAUAAAUAAAAUGCUAUAAAAGAAACCAACAAAAAGUAGACUUAUCAUCAAUGGUCAAAACACAGAUCGGCCAUAUAUGGUAAUUAAGCACAUGUGCUUCUGAAAAAGAUUAUUGAGAGGGAAAAUGAUAUGAUUAAAGAAAACAGCAAUAAAGCUAAGAAUUUUUGUAAGGACAGCCACAGCUGGAUAGAUAGCUCUGAAGGUGGAAUGUUCUAAUUUAUUUAUUUUUGUAAGGAUCUUUUCUCUUAUUAUUAUUUUUAUUUUAUUUUUGUAAGGAUCUUUUUUCUUAUUAUUAUUUUAAUUUUAUUUUUUUGGAUAAUUUUCAAAGAUCUUUUCAUAUUAUUCGUAAAGGUCAAAUUGGAAUUAUAAGCUUUUGAAUUCGGUGGCCGAACUCUUGGGCUGCUUUUGUACCAUAUUUUCUUAUCUGUCUCUCUCUUUUUCACAAUUUAUUGGUCUCAUCCCUCGAUUUUUGAAAUUCUA